CACUAUUCAGCACCAUGUCCGCCCCAGCACCCCUCCGCAUUGCCGUCCUCGUCAACACGCCCCCGGACAACGACUUCUGGAAUGACGUGAGCGAGUCCUACCGUGCUGCUUUUGGCGUGGUUGCGCCCACUGCUCAGCUAGACAUGUACGACCCGGUCUUCGAGAGCAAUUUCCCCGACCCCCAGAAGUAUAACCUGAUCGUCCUAAGCGGCGGGAAAGCGGACGCUUCAUCUUCGGAGCCCUGGGUAUUGGGUGUGUUGGAAUUUGUGCGCAACGCUGCGCAGUCAUCCCCCAAGACCAAGUUUCUAGGUAUCUGCUGGGGUCACCAGGCCAUCUCGAGGGCUUUUGGUGGAGUGGUGCGAGCUGUGCUCACGGUUCCAAUUGCGGCCAUAGAAGAUGUCAAGUUGACUGAAGCCGGGAAGAAAUUCUUUUCUACUACACCGGAUGUGGCAAGCUUUAGAUUGCCGGAGUUUCAUGUCCGAGAGGUGGCGCAACCCGGAGAGAAGUUCAUCCAUCCGGCAGAAAACCAUGAGAUGUUUGUCAAUCAGCAGAACACUGUUUUGACUUUUCAAUCGCAUCCGGAGGUUCAGCCCGUCCUCGCCAAGAAGAUGCUGUUGGAAGAGGAUGACGUUUAUAAUGGAAAUCUCUCCAAGGACGAAUUGGACAGUCAUCUGAAACGGCUUGAGCAGCCGACGGAUGGCUUUGAGGUGCUGAGACGGGUAGUUGAAUGGGUAAGGGAAUGA